AUGACAGUUUUCAGGCUAAUGCUCUUGGGUUACCCUCGGACAGACCGUCUUGAAAAUGCACGGGAACUCCUUCUUGCAGUCGGCUUUUUGUUAGGCAUCUCGCAGCUGUUAGCCGGAGCAAGGUGCACCGCGUUACCUCCGUAUCCAAAUGACAUCGCCUCCUUGGAGAAAAGGCCGUCGCUUUCGUCGCACUCUGGCCGACAGACACCUGAAAGCGACGAUUCACUUUGCAAUGCACUUUGCGAAGACGUUCUUCAACUACAUGGCCGGUGGCAUGCAGAGAUGAGAAGAAUAGAGCAGCUGGAGUCCCACCGAAUUUGCUUGUUGAAGCAGAUUCGAGAUAUGGGAUACCAAAAGCUGCAGUCGCUGGAAGGGUCUGACAGGAUCAAGAAACUUCAGCCACCCACCCUGUAUGAGCUAUUUGUGCUGGAGCGUGCCCUGCUGCAAGAGCAUGUGGAUGACUUGCAGAAGAGCAUCAUGAAUCUGCAGACCCACAAGGACGAGGAGCUAUUCUGGCGCUGGAUGGGAAGUGUACAGCGGGCUGGAGAAGGUGCCAGUCAGUCCUCAGAUGGCUCACGCGACCGGUUUCACCUAAGCGGUUGCUACACAACGGAGGACAUGGCGGAGAACUUCCAAGCAUUUGAUACAUCUGCCGCUUUUGUCCAGAGAGCUCGAACAGAACUUGCCCUGCCACUCCGACACUUUCAGCAGAAAAUGCUGCACACACCUGGAGACUUGCGGGAGCACUGGGACAAGAUAAACAAGUCAUUGCCAAUCACUGAUCAACGUGUCCUGAAGCAUGAGCUGCGAAGUUUGGGGGUUGCCUUUGAUGCUCUGUUCCCAUCACCUUGGAACCCCCAGUUGAAAGGUGCACAAGGGGUCCAGAAAGCUGCGCAAUGUGAAGCAACGCUGCGUCAGGUUGUUCUCGUAGAGGCGGGUAAAGGGCCUUCACCCAACGAGCCGUCCACGAUAAACAUCCAAGAGCAUGUUUAUGCGCUUCGCGAGCGCUAUGCCUCUGCAUCUCGGGAGUACACCGAUCAGCUAGCUGAAGCAUCGAAGGAGCUUCGCAAAGUUCUAACUCUCUUGGCAGACUUGCAGGUGCUCACGAUUGGAAAAAACACCCCUUCUUUGAUUUUGAUCUGUGCCCCGCACUCCAGCAAGCAAGAUUACUUCUUGCCAGGCCAGAGGCAUGGGCUCCACGGCUGCGGGGCUUGGACCUUGCAUGCCCUGUCAGCCUGCCCUCACCUCGGAUGCGAUGCGUUCCCGCACCAUGCAGAUUGCCAUGCAAUCGAGGUGCUCCGGAUGCUUUCGACUCCGCGUGGAGGUGCCGCUGUGACCUUUGCUGGCUUUGGCAACUUUUAG